UAGGCCGAGAGAAUUAUGCGCUGGGAGUGGCGGCCCUGGGAGAGGGAGGGGUCUCCGGGGUUGCUGGGAGGUGGAGUAAGAUGGCGGCUUUGGACAGGGUCAAGGUACUGGUGUUGGGUGACUCGGGUGUCGGAAAGUCUUCCCUUGUUCACCUCUUAUGCCAAAACCAGGUGCUGGGAAACCCGUCGUGGACAGUGGGCUGCUCGGUGGAUAUUCGAAUUCAUGACUACAAAGAAGGGACUCCAGAAGAAAAGACCUACUACAUUGAGCUGUGGGAUGUCGGAGGUUCGGUGGAUAGCACCACUAGUGUGAAAAGUACACGAGCAGUAUUUUAUAACUUGCUGAAUGGGAUAAUUUUAGUUCAUGACUUAACCAACAAGAAAUCAUCCCAGAAUUUGUAUCGCUGGUCAUUGGAAGCACUCAACAGAGAUGUUGCUCCAACUGGAGUUCUUGUGACAAAUGGUGACUAUGACCGUGAGCAGUUUGCAGAUAACCAGAUUCCACUGCUGGUAAUAGGAACUAAGCUGGAUCAGAUCCCAGAAACUAAGCGGAAUGAAGUUUUGACCAGAACAGCUUUCUUGGCUGAGGAUUUCAAUGCUGAAGAGAUAAAUUUGGAUUGCACCAAUCCUCGUUAUCUGGCUGCAGGUUCAUCCAAUGCUGUCAAACUGAGCAGGUUUUUUGAUAAGGUUAUAGAGAAGAAAUACUUCUUAAGAGAUGGCAGUCAGAUUCCUGGCUUCUCUGAAAGGAAAAGGUUUGGAGGAGGACCACUGAAGAGCCUUCAUUAUGACUGAGAAAUGAAGAAGUGGAAGAUGACUCUAUAAGGACAUUCCCAUUCUGACUGGGUGCUUACGUCAAGCAGAGGGAAGAUGAUAUUAUGGCCCAGUAGACUGUCAAACCUGCUUUUGCUGGAAAAGACUUGGAGAAGACUUUCCCAAAACAUAAUCUGAAGCCUAGAGCAUUCCUUAGGAUUGCAAACCCUAUGGAUAUAUGGGAACAUUUUUUGGGGGAAGCGUGCAAUAAAUUGAAUGCCUCUCACACUGCUCUGGGAAGGCUUCAUCCUACACUGUG